GAUAAAAAGUCUCUUCAUCGUUACAACUUGGUGCUACAUAACCUCAAUGCUGCAUGCGUGAAUCAAGAGACAUGGCGAGUACGAAGGAUUUUUUUCUUACUAUUUCAGAACGCGUAUUCAGUAACUGGACCGCUCUCAAACUUGCUGUUGAUCAUGGAAUGGGAAGCAAAGAUAGGGCUGAAGACUUCCCGGCUUACAUUACUGAAGUCUUAUACAUGAACGAGGGAUUAGACACUGAUGAUCUAGCUGCGGAAAUAGAAGAAUAUAUGGACGAGGCUUUUCAGACAGAGUUGCAGGAUGAUAGCGCAGCAGACGUUGCCAAAGUGUUGCUGAGAUUUCAUAAAUACUGUAUGGACGGAGAUGAAGCCACAGCGGUAACGGAGAUGGCUAAAUUGCCCCCACUUCAACCAUGGAUUAUGCGCAGGAAACCCGCUAAGGACACUUUAACGCAACCUCAACCUCCGGGCGAAGUGAGAGAUAAUGUGAAAAGUCAGGAAGCAGUUGAGAAAAUGGAUGCCGAAGAGGAAGAAGACGACGGAUGGACAGAGGUGAAGACUAGACGACAGAAAUGAAACUGUGAGUUGAAGAAUUAUAUAUAAUUAUUCGUAUCAAAAUGCGCGGGGAUAUAAUAAAAACAUAGCAAUGAACAA